AUGUUUGGGCAAAAUAAUUCUUCUGGUUUCGGAGGAGGAACUGGGGGUUUUGGACAAAAUAAUCAGCAAACAGGAGGUCUGUUUGGGUCCAAUACUAAUAACACAGGGAAUAGUUUAUUCGGUUCCCAAAACAAUAAUGCAGGUGGUUUUGGACAGAGCACCACGCAACCUCUUUUCGGAUCGAAUACAGGAAGUGGCUUAUUCGGUAAUCGCAACCCUGCACCUGCUUCAACAGGUACUGGGUUUGGAAUGAAUUCGGGAACCGGAGGCGGUUUAUUUGGUCAAUCAAGUGCUCCUGCUUUUGGCGGUACAAAUACAUCAAGCGGUGGUGGCCUUUUCGGUAAUGCAAGCGGUGCUUCUGCUCCUUCCACAGGAAGUGCGUUUUCAUUUGGCUCCAACAAUACAGGAACUACUGGAUUUGGUACUCAGCCUUCUAGCGGCGGUGGUUUGUUUGGCUCAGCAUCGACUGGUCAAGCUCCUGCUUUUGGUUCUUCGGGAUUUGGGGCAGGAAGCACGAAUACGAUCAAUGGUACGGCUAAUCCUCCUUACGCGGUAACAUCUGAAAAGGACGCACAAACUAAUGGUACAAGUGCUUUUCAGUCCAUAACGUGUAUGCCGGCGUAUAGGCAGUAUUCUUUUGAAGAGUUACGCUUACAAGAUUAUAAUCAAGGUCGUCGAUUUGGAAACCCUACAAAUGCAACUUCCACUCCAUCAACUUUUGGGUCUACUCCCGGAUUUGGUAGUUCCACCACAGGCUUCGGUCAGACUGCCACUCCUACUUCAAAUUCUAUCACUCCUUUUGGAUCUUCUAAUACGAAUGCUAAUACUGGUGGAGGUCUUUUUGGUGGCGGAUCUGCGUUUGGUGCUAGCAACCCGAGUACUACGUCUGGAUUCGGCGCGAAUGCAACGAACACUGGAGGUGGUGGCUUGUUUGGUCAAUCAAAUCAAGCAGCAACUACUCCUUCGAGUGGAUUAUUUGGCGGUGCCGGCGGCGGAUCGACUUUUGGUCAACAAAAGCCAGCUUUUGGAUUUGGCGCUAAUACAAGUACUGGCGGUGCCGGUGCUGGUGGUUUAUUCGGCUCUUCGGCCUCCAAUCCUUCUACCAAUACCGCUGGUACAGGCACGGGCGGUGGAUUAUUUGGUAACACUGGAGGUGGUUUUGGAACGGGUAACGCCAAUACGGGAUUUGGUAGUUCUGCUCCAGCUAAUCCACCUGCAUCCAAUCCAACCGGAGGCGGUUUGUUCGGAUUUGGUAAUAAUGCCGCUUCUGGGACAAAUACUAGUGCUCCUGGAAGCUCAAGCCUUGGUUCCGGUAGCGGUUUCUCUUUUGGUGCCAAUAAUGCUGCUUCUAAACCAUCAGGUUUUGGAUUUGGUUCUAACACUGGUUCAGGUACUGGUACCACUGCUCCAGCAUCAUCCGGCUUUUCUUUUGGUCAGCCAUCUAGCACAACUCCUAAGCCAGCUUUUGGGGCCACUUCCACUGCCCCGCCUGCUAAACCUGCUGGCGGCGGUUUAUUUGGUGGGUUUGGUGCCGCUAGUACUCCUUCGACGGCUACCAAUAAUACCGCCCCUAACACAGGUUCUACGGGAGGUUUAUUUGGUAAUACGGGCUCUACUGGUGGGGGAUUGUUUGGUAACACCAAUACUAACACGGGUGGUUCCGGUCUUUUUGGAAAUAAUUCAACUCUAAAUAACCCUCCUAGCACGGGAGGUGGUUUAUUAGGAUCUGGUACGAACACUUCUACUGCACCAGGUACUGGUUUGUUUAGUAAACCAUCGACAGGGACUGGACUGUUUGGUUCCAAUAAUACUUUGCAACAACCCUCCGCUACAGGUUCUUCCGGGCUGUUUGGUUCCUCAAACAUGAAUAAUCAAACUCAGCCAGCUGGUUUGGGAUCUGGCUUGUUUGGUGGUACUUCUCAAAUUGGGCAGCAAUCACAACAACCUCUUCAAGCAAGCAUUGAUCAAAAUCCAUAUGGUAGUAAUCCGUUGUUUUCUAGUACCGUAUCCCAAACUGCACCAACUUCAAUACAAGAGCCUAUUGCUUCUCCUUUAACAACGCAACCUGCUCCAAAGAAAGCGGCAUCAUUACCUCAAUUUUGGCUGUCCCCUAGAUCUAGUAAUCGUUCCACUGUUGCUACCAUCUCUCCUUUUGCAAAGUCUGCUGUAAUGAAUUCGGCAACAGCUCCCAGCAAGCCAAAAUCUUUGCAUUUGUUUGAUUCACUGAAUGACGAUGUAUUAUUAAGCAAGGAUGCUUUCACCCCUAGACAGAAUAUUAAAAAAUUGGUUAUAACUCCAAAAGUCUCUCGAGAUGAAAUUCUUCAGGAUAAAAGUACAUCUCAAUCUUCUGAUCAAGUGACAAAAACAGAUGGUGCUGUGGGACAAGAGACAACGAAGGAUGAAGGUGAUCGAAGCUUUACCUUACCCGAUGGUUACUGGAUGAAACCAAGUGUUGAGGAGUUAGUCAAGUAUCCUAAAGACAAAUUAAGUUCUGUACACCAAUUCUGUGUAGGGCGUGCUGGUUAUGGUCAAGUUUCCUUUUUGAAGCCUGUCGAUUUAACAAAGUUCGAAAAGAUUGAAGAUAUUCCUGUCAAUGUUGUCCUCUUUGAGAAGAAGAUAUGCUCUGUCUAUCCUGAGGAAGGGUCUAGUCCUCCAGUCGGAGAAGGUUUGAAUGUUCCUGCCAUUAUUACUCUUGAAAAUGCAUGGCCUGUAUCCCGAGAAACAAGGGAACCUAUCAAAAAUGCUAAUCAUCCCAGAUAUGCUCAGCAUUUGAGGCGUCUUCAGAACAUUAAGGAAACAGAGUUUAUUGAUUUUAAUGACGGCAAAUGGACCUUUAAAGUUCAACACUUUUCUAAGUACGGAUUAUUCGAUGAAGAUUCUGAAAACGAUGAAGAUUUGGAGGAUGAGCCCGCCAACAAUGAAGUUUCAUCGAAAAGUGAUUUAGGUAAUUCAGAAAUGUAUGAGAAGUCGAGUUAUCAAGGCUCGCAAUCUAACAAGACACAACUUACUCACAAUACACCAGGCUCUUUUCCUCCCAAUAAUCAACUGAAUUCUUUCCGCAAAUUCAAUGAUCAGAGUGAAAGCUCUGAUGAUAACACAUCAAAAAAGGCAAAAGUGCGAGUGGAAGAAGUUGGAACCACAUUCCCGCUGUCUUCAAACGACAAUAUGGUAGACAAAGAAGGAGAAACCAGUGAUUUGUUAUCGAACGUGAGUGAUAAUUCUGACGACUUAAAUGACUUUGAAAAUGAAAACAUGUUGAAGGAAGAAUCUGAUCAGGUACGAAGUUCAGACGUGCAAGGUUCAACGGAGUCGAUGAACAAUCUAAUUAAUGCGAGUACUUGGCUGGAGCAUCUGAACUUAGGGUUACAGAGAUCUGUACUAAUAAAGUCUAAAAUGGCAAACGCUUUUUCGUUACCCCAGGGCAAUAAGGAAAGUCCUGGAAGCUAUGUUUAUGACUAUUAUGACAUGGAAAAAGAUUUGUUCGGUGGCAGCAUAACUGCUAAAGAUCAUUCAUCGAGUUUGGACAACAAUAUUAAAAGUAUUCCAAAGUUUACAUUUUAUCCGAAUGGAUCAUACGUACAAAUAAUCAAUGGACAUCUUAAAAUGGACUCAGUGGAAAAUAUUUUUAGUUUUACUAGCCCAAGAGACGAAAAUUUCGUAAAGUCACUUGAGUAUCAGCUCUCUAAAAGCGAGGUAUAUGUUGAUGUUAAUGGUGUAUGUUCUAUAUCACCGCGUUUAUCAAUGGUUGUCGGCGAUUUAGUAGCAUUUACAAAAAACGUUGAUCAUGUCAAAAUUUGGGAGUUAGCGUCAGUUUUAUUUGACAUUACUGACGUUGAGGUUCCAACUUCUUUGUCUCUCGAAGCUCGAGAAAUGCUUUCUGAGAAAAUUGUUCGGGAUCGUUUGUCCGAGUGGAUUACAAAGAACGUCAAAGAAGAGACGUUAGCAAGGGCUCAAAAGGCCUCAUGCUCUGAAGAAAAAAUAUUUAUAUUAUUGACAGGUAAUCAGAUUAGCCUUGCUUGUGAAGAAGCUGUUAACUCGGAAAACAACCGUUUGUCGACUUUGAUACCGCUAGUCGAUAGCGAUUUUGAUAUCCAAGCUGAAGUUAAACAACAGUUGAAUCAGUGGCGAGAACGUGGAGAUCUUGCUUAUAUCAACAAGUAUACCCGUCUUAUUUUUGAACUACUCUCUGGUAACACUGAUUUAGCUGAAGGUUAUGGAAGAUCUGGAGAAGAGGGUUAUGUUCCUUCGGUGUUUAUCUCUCAAGAAUUAAGUUGGUUAUGUGCUUUUGGUAUGAAGUUAUGGUAUAACACUGAUAUCAAUAUUGCUGAAGCUGUUUCGUUAUACAUGGAGUCCUUAAAAAUGUACGAAAAAGAAUUACGAAGACCUACAGUGUCUACUGAGUCUAACGGAGAAGUUUGCGAUUUAAUGUUUGUGUUAUUGAAGGCGUAUGCAGUCGGAGCAUCCCUUGAAGAAUUAACACUCCCGGAAAGCGCGAAAAGCCAUCCACUAGACUAUCGCGUAGUUUGGCAGUUGGCAAUAUUUCUGUCGAGAGCUCGAAAUAUCUGUGAUUUUUCGGACAGAGACGCCAUGGAUGAGGUAAUAGAUGAAGGCGGUAUGCACUUCAAACCUCAGAGCGUAAGAGCAGAUAAUUUAACACUUUCGCUCGCCUGUCAGCUUGAAAGUAUGGGUUAUUGGCAAUGGGCUUUAUUUGUGCUUCUUCAUGUGGAAAAUGUUGAGACACGUAUAUCCAGUGUUAAAAGUUGUCUUGCUCGUAAUGUCACAAUGGAUUCAACUGAUGAUGAUGAAAAAUUGGUAAAAGAGUUACUCAUUCCAAACAACUGGAUUCAUGAAGCAAAGGCGUUAAGUGCUCGUUAUAAAGGACAGCAUGCAAAAGAAGUAACAUUCCUACAAGAUGCAAAUUUAUUUCAAGAAGCUCAUACCUGUUUGAUCCGAAGCAUCGCUCCUCAAGCCGUUAUCAGUAAUAACUUAGAAGAAUUAAAGUGCUUGUUAGGAGGAUUCCAUGAGCGAAUGGAAGGAAUAGUGGGUUGGAAAUUCGGCGGACAACUGUACUCUGACUACCUUGAUUUGGUGGAAGGGAAGUAUGAAAGUGAUGUCGAAAUGUUAAAAUUUAUUCUACAAAGAAUUACUAUUGCACUGAAAGAGGCCGAAUCACAAUCAAUUCAUCAAAAGGCCUCUUUAUAUAAGAUGACGCGUUAUGUGAACAAGCUAUGCUUAAGCCAGUCAUUAGAUGAUGUUGCGUUUAGUUUGCCUCUAACGACCACCAACAGUCUUCAGAAUUUGCAGUACGUUUCCGUUCAAUUUUAAAUCGCCUUCCUUGACAAUUUAUGUGAGUUUAUUUUUGAUUUAGAUAAAUAUUUUUAUAUAGAUGAAACGUUUCUGUAAAUAGUAUAGCUCUCUUUCAAUGGUUGUUUCCGUAUACUAAUUUUUAUGUAUGUAACAGUAA